CUCGGAGCGCGUGGGCAGCUCUGGAGCCGCAGCCCCUGCCGCCAGUGUCCAAACGCGCCACUUUCUCACUUCGGGAGAGCAGCUUGCUAGUUGGAAACUCAACAGCUCUCCCUCCUCAAGCAAAACCAAGGAUUGUUUAAUUGAAGGCAUUUGGGCUUGUCUCAGUGCCGGGUCAGCCUCAGAAGUGAGCCUCCGAGACACUUCUGCGCUUCGAAGAAAACUUUUCCUCCCUGGAAGCAGUUGCAGUGCCAGGCGCGCAGCCCGGCUGCCAGCUAGCGCACCUCCGGGCGGACUGCGGUGAGCCUCGCCUGGUAGCUAAACAGAAGCCUCCAGACACAGCAGCCGAGCCUCGGGGGCGGGAGCGGGGAAAGUGCCUCGCUGAGAGCGGCGGGGUUCUCGGUCUCCGUCCGCAUCUAAGAGACCGCCUGAGCAGGACCGACGCGUGCCUCCCCCUUGACUUGGCGCCCGGCAGCCGCUUUGCCUGACCCUCUCUUCAGCCCGACGGAGCUCCUGGAAACAUUCUGCGUCCCCCAAGACACGUUUAAUCUCAGCGAUUUCUGCUUCAGUGCCAGAUUUACAAAAGAAACUGUGAAGAAACUGACCAGACAGCUCACCAGACAAGACUGAAAUCUCAAGACUUUGAUUUUUGUUGUCGUCGUCCUUUUUCACCUAGUUUUAGCCAAAAGAUGUGUCUGAUAGACAGAACCACAAAAAGGAAUUCUACAGAGAUUCAACCUGUUCUAGGACUGUUCUUGGGAAGCAUCUCAUUGAUUACAGUGGUUAUGAACAUUUUGGUCCUGUAUGCAGUGAAAACAGAAAAGAAACUACAGACGGUUGGCAAUCUUUAUAUUGUCAGUCUUUCGUGUGCAGAUGUUAUUGUUGGUGCAGCUGUGAUGCCACUAAACAUUGUAUACUUAUUGAAGGAUAAGUGGAUCUUGGGUAGAAAAACUUGCCUGUUUUGGCUAUCAAUGGAUUAUGUAGCCAGCACAGCCUCUAUAUUCAGCCUUUUCAUACUCUGUGUAGAUCGCUACCGUUCAGUCCAACAGCCUCUAAAAUAUCUCAAGUAUAGGACCAAAACUAGAGCCUCAGUCAUGAUUUCAAUAGCUUGGUUGCUGUCUUUUCUGUGGGUGAUUCCAAUACUUGGCUGGCGUAAAUUUACAAAUCACAGUAGCAUGACAAUUAACAAUAGAACUGAUGACGAAAAAAUAUGUGAAACAGACUUUUGCAGGACCACAUGGUUUAAAGUCUUGACAGCCACAAUUAACUUCUAUGUACCAUCAUUGCUGAUGCUGUGGUUCUAUGCAAACAUUUACAGGGCUGUCCGUAAGCGUUGUCAGCAUCAACAGCUCAUAAAUGGAUCAUAUAGAUAUGACUCAAAUAACAUGAUUGUGCAUAGUGGAAAGGUUCAGGAAACGCAAAAAGAAUAUUCCCAAAGUUCAAAUAAAGAUGGAGGAUUUUCUUUUAGUGUAGAUGAUAGCUUUGAGCAAAAUCAAAUCAUGGAAGCUAAACCUCCAUUAAGCAGCUUUGUUAAAAUCCCAAAGGGUUUUCAUAAAGGUGAUGACCAUGAGGUAGUAAAGCUUAACUGUUUUCCUCUAGCCAUAGUGCAGAAAGAUUUUGAGUUAGGCAAUACAAGGAAAAAAUAUGCCUGUGUCAGUAACAGUACUGAAAAUAUUAAAAAUCCUAUCUCCCAGUUAGGCAAAAUAUCACAUAGGCAGACUUUUGCAGAAAGCUCUUUGUCUAGAAUUCACUCAGAUCCCUCCCUAGAGCAAAAUUCUUAUACUGAGCAGUAUUUCCCUCAGACGCAUUCCAACAGAAGAGAUCCUCUAGCUCUCCAUUACCUGAAAGAGACAUGGGGAAAGCUACUCACUCAUUCCCUUGGCCAGAGUCAAGGGCUGCAUGUGAACAGGAAUAGAAAGGCAGCCAAACAGUUAGGCAUUAUAAUGGCAGCUUUUAUGCUAUGUUGGAUUCCAUAUUUUGUAUUGUUUAUGGUCAUGGCCUUUUGUGAAACAUGUUAUAACCGUCCUUUUCACAUGUUUACAAUUUGGCUUGGCUAUGUGAAUUCUACAUUAAAUCCAUUUAUAUACCCACUCUGUAAUGAAAACUUCAGAAAGGCUUUCAAAAAGAUAUUUCAUAUUAAAACUUAACUUAUCUUGGAGAAAAUUGUAUUGGGGACAGAUCAGCAGGUUUAUGUUGGAAAGAAAA